UUUACACGCAUCUUAGUAAUCAGUUUACUCCAGAUGCGAUUUCGGCCAAUAAAUCUAGUCGCUCAUCACACGCAUUACGAUGUUAGGCUAACUUACAAAUGGGUCUCAAACCUGAAGUACUUCGAAAAUGGAAUGACUGUCUUUCAAGGUCGUUGUGCGAAAGAGAGGCAACUUCGGUUUCCACUUAUAAUCAUGAGUCUUUCGGAAGAUGAAUCUACUUCAGAUGAAGAAUAUAUCCCUCCAGUUAAAGCUUCUAAAUUGGAAGAAGACUCAGAAAGCGAAUAUAGCGAUGAGUCAGAAUCAGGAGAUUCAGACUGUAUUAGUGGUAAAAUCAUUCCCUCCCUAGAUCUGUCCUUAGAUAGUUUAACCAGUCAGUCAAGUAAAAAACGUCCUGCUAAAAGCUGAUUAUUUAGGAACUCGAAAAAAUCCAAGAUUACCGACUGUUCACCGCUUUCCACUACCGAGGAUGUGAAAGCCUACGAAGAUAAAGUGUGGAACGAGUUUCUAAAGUCCGAUAGUACCGAGAAAUCUGUAAGCACAGUUUUCCACGAAUAACACAUUAAAGAAUAGCACUGAAAAAGUAAAUGUUGUAAAAAAGUAUCAGUUUGCUGGGGAGGAAGUUGAGUAAGUUCAUGAGAAUAUCUCAUAUAUAGUAUUUCACUUCAAUGUUUUCCCGUAUGUACGUUUAUUGACGGGUGACUUUAAUAAUGUGCAUUCCACCAUGUUAACAGAGUCGUGUCUAAAUUUUGAAGUUACCUUUAAAGCGUAGCGUAUUAUAGGCCUGUGAAGCAGUGGCCUAUUAAGUAUUAGAAGCUAAGUUUUUUAGUUCCUUUCUCCAUUACUCAUUAAAAUGAACUUUACGACGAAUGCUAUAUAGCAUAUGCUGUUUAUUAGUAAGUUGUCUAAACAUUUUCCAAAAACAUGGACAUACGAAGUCACUUGCUUGUGUGAUGUUAAGUCUUUCGGAGGCACAAAUCGUAGAUUACAUUUUUAAUGGUCGACAAUUUGCUUCCAUCGUACUUUCAGUUAUAUGUGGUCAGUAGUGCCAAAAGUUAACAAAGCUUAUCAUGUCUCGAUCUGGUCUGAUUAUUAUUAUUUCUUGUAUUCAUGAUGUUUUAAGCCAAGUCUGUGAAAAUCAGCAACAUCCAGAUACGUAGUGCAUUGUGCUAGACUUCAAUCAUUUCUAAGUAACGUUUCUUGAUUAGGUAUACAUCACUGAGGCUAGACACUCGUUUAAAUCACCAGCCUGUUCAUACAGUGACUAAGAUUGUCAAACGAUAGCUGUUGGAUACUACUAGUACUAUGAGAAAGUAGAUACAUUACACUGUAGUUUUAUUAGUUGUUCAUAAUAGCUUAUGCUACUGACUACCAAUUUACUGAGUUUGUAAUGAAAAUAUUGUUGAAAUUUGAUUCCACGUUGAUAGUAGAUACAGACUACUUGGUUGGGGUCCGCGUGACUAUCGUAACCAAUGGUUGGAGACUAUGUGACAUGGCUCGGAAUCGAUCACAAUGGCAUAGGUGUAUACACUCUUUGUCUUUGAACUAUGAAAUUAAAAUCGCGUCAUAUUUUUCUUCCUACGAACUAAUUCUUCCUGUACUAUGUCUUUAUAUGCAAUCUUUCUUUUAU